AAGAUUCCGCCUUUCCUCCUUCGCCUGUCGUCUUGCCCCCCCUGCCUGCCGGAACUAAAUGGCCUGCCUGCCGCCUUAAGGCUUUUAAAGCGCUCUACUCUUUUUAUCCUAUAUAUCGCAGCCCUGGAGCGCCUUCUGCGACGAUUCCACUGUCUGCGCAGCCAUGACGGACGUUUACGCGCAGCGGACGCCGUCCUUGACCGCCUCCGACGAGACGAGUGCGUCCAGCGAUGGCGCGUCCCUCAGGACAAACUCGAGGGAGCGUCCCCUGCCUCGUCUGCCGGUUAACGACAAGAAGAUGCAGCCCAAAGCUACCCUCUCACCGAAACAGUACGCUACAGUCGACAAUCGUAGAUCUAGCCAAACUCUCUCUAGUCUCUUGCUGCCUUCUCUUCCCUCGUCAUUAAUCGAUACCUUACGGCAACCUCGCAUACUAUCGUGCUUCCUUACUCACACGUCCUGGAGGGACUUCAAUGCUCUUACAUGCACGUCCCGCCAGCUGCGAUGGACGCUCUUCCGCCAGCCCGAGCUGAAGGACGUGGUGUUCUCCAACUAUGUACCUGGAUACCGGUUCUGUCUGCGCCAUGCUGACCUGGAUCGUCAUCGGGAGAUGAAGGUCACUUUAAGAGACUUGAACUUCUUCAUGAUGUCCCAAAGCAUUCCGCUGCACCAGUAUCCGAUGCAUGCACUGUCCUUGCUAUCUGCCCUAUUGCCGACCCCUGAGCAGGAUGAUCUCACUAACAAGUACGUGGCUGCGACUCUCGCACACUCUCGCUUCGUCCUCCUCCUCCAAUCCUUGAUCCAUUCCGCCGUUCUGCCGCGUUCCCCCGAGUCUGAGGACGGCCGACUCAGCCUGAGUUCCAUGCAGACGGGUGUUAAGGAACUGGUGUUCCCGGCACCUCUGUCGUAUUUUGGGCUCAAGGGACGGGACGGAUCCCUCGAUGCGCGCUCCGCGAGCAGCGGUGCUCGGAGCAGUAGUCAAUCAUCAGCUCGAACCACACGCAGCGUCAGCUCCCUGUUUAAUUUAACGACUCGCGUCACUGGUCGAUCGUCUUCUGCGAUGAAGAUGCACGAGAGGUCCACGUCAACAAUGCGCAAAAAUAGGAUGUCUAUAUUUGGUGGGAAACCGCAAGCUCCUCUCCCCCCGCCUGCAGAGGAGCCUGUCGCGCUGCGGUUUUACUCAGGUGGUUGGAGGAGAGCUUUCAGGAAUCAAGGGUACAUCUCAGAAGAUGAGGGAGAAUCUGCCGCCCUGAAGCGGCCCCAUCGGCGCUUUGCUUCGGUUGGGCUGUCCUCCAGCGAUUCUUCUCUGUCCAGUCCCACAUCCUCGCCUUCACCGCGGCUUUUGGAGCGCGAGUCCUCGGAGCCUGGGUCGUUCAUGGGUGGAUCACGAUCACCGCACGAUAUCCAGCUUGCGACAUCUCGAUCACGCGCGCCGAUUUUGCGUGUGUUCGUUCCAUGUUCACGCCUGUCAGAGGCUUCCAUUCGGGCAUGCGAGGAUCUCCUCCUCGAUGCGGGGUUGUGGGAUCACUUGUCGUCCGGUGAUAUCGUAUGCAACCUUGGCUACGUGCCCGAGGAUCAAGACCAGGAUCGCGAUGGUCAGGCCGAUUGGCUCAUGUUCAACGGCUACUCCUUGGUGCUCUUUCGCCCUCCUGCCCCGCCACCCAUAGAAAAUCCGCUGACGUUGCCGUCACCCCUCUAUUACGCCCAUAUCCUCCCCCUCUUCGUCGAUCCCACCUACGUCCUCACCCUUCCAUCGCCUACAUCUCCACCUCAGAUGACCCUAGCUUACAUGAGAACUUCUGUGCCGAGUAAGCGUUCUCCCACGGGACGGGUACCGGUAAAGAAGUACAUGUGGUUGGCUGUGCUGAAGGCUCAGCUGCGCCCAGGUUUGGGCGAGGGUUGGCAGGGUGAGUGGGUCCUGGAAGGUGAAGGGACGAAGGAGGGGAAGCAGUCACUGCUGGAUGCUAUCCGCGGCGACGAAACGGGCGAGCGCGAGUGGGAAGUUGUGAGGGAGAAAUCCCAUGGAGGAAGGAUCUGGUUAAAACUCCUGACUCCUGUGGGUCCCCAUCCGCAACCAAGCCUAGCCAACACGUUGAUGCACACUCCACGGACGCAAUCUCAUUAUUGAACUCUUGCUGUAUCCAUUCCUCCAAGUAACGGUUUUGACCUCCUGUCACGGAUUUCCCUCCAGAGUCCGCAUUACGCGGCGGUUAUCUAAUAGACCUUGCUAUCUUCGGAUCGCUCAUCCACUGUAUACUUUCAUCAGCAUCGCUCCGACGUUACGUUUUGAUCCCUAAGUGCUGUUACCAUAAUACCUUCGCUCUCUUGUAUUGCUACCCCUCAGACACUCAAGGACUCUUCACGCCCUUUUUCCAUGCAGCCACGACUUACAUCAUAGCAUGUACAUAAUAUACCAUACCACACCAGAUAGCGCUAGAAAAUGGAUGC